AAUAGUCUGAUCCCUUGUUAGUGAGUGUAAUGGGGAGGUGUAGCUCUGGGCUUUGCUAUGCUGUGGGCAGAGUGCAGAGCAGGCAGAGUACAGAGCAGGCAGAGCAGGCAGCACACUCACAGGCAGAACUACAGAGAGAAGCCACACUCUGCCCAGCAAUCCCAUCUAUUCAUUAUCCGCCCCAGGGAAUCUGCAUCUGGCUGCCCCUGUGUAACACUGAGCAUCGGGCUGUAUGAGCUCUACUGGAACUGCAGGGCUGCUGUAUGGCACAGAGGAACAGCUGGGGAGCCUCCGCUCCUCUGUAAUCCCAAGGCUCACUGAUGGUCGGGGCUACAGGAGUUCAACGGAGACUGUGAUACAGGCCUUGUGGAUACACCUCUGUAUGUGUGAUGAGUCAUUUUAGACCAGACAACCAAUGAGAAUUUUCAUCCACGUACCAAAUCAUGGCUGAACGUUCAACUGUCCACGUGUGGAUUUACCUGGCUACCUUAGUACUUCUUGGGCCUUCAGUUGCUUUUUCUAAAUUUGACAAUAUCACAAAUGCAAAACCUAUCAACAAUCUUACUGGGGAAAUGAAGGACUAUUCUGGGAAACCUGAGGUCCCACAGGUUUUAAAUCUGGAGGAAAGUGGAGGAGAUCUGUCACAUACCAGACCAUCUGGAGAAAGGUUUGGCAGCUACCUCCCAACAUCUGUACUUGGUCGUGGUGAGGAGCCAGUGGAAAAAACAGAGGAUCACAUAGAAAAUAACUUCAAUGAAUUCUUGACUCAGGAUAAAAAAAUAAUGCUGAGUGCAGCUUCUAAUAAAGUCAGCCAAAUGGGCUCAGUGACAACUGUCAGACCUGACGCUGAGGAAGCACUGGUGGAACACACUCUUCAAAAGGGUCAACCAAGCAAAUCAGAAAUGUUGCAGCUCUUCUCAAAUUCUAAGAACAUUGACUUAGACAGAGGGAGUUCUGAUAGAAUCAAACCCCUAUCAACCAAUGAGAAGUUGUCAUCUCACAGUCAUGAAGGGUCAUUGCAAAUACUGAAUCACAUUGAGCACGACAAGGAACAAGAGCGGGGGAAAGGAUUCCUUAGUACUGUCCGCCCAACUAUUUCAACCAUAGCCUUAAUAAAGGCCACACUGUCAUCGGGGCAAACCAGUCCCGUCACCGAGAUACAGAAACUGCAAAUUGAGAGUGGGGAUGAGCAUUUAAGAAAAGUACUACAAAAGAACACUUUAGAUACUCAAGAUAGUCGUGCCAGGAACAAUUUUCUGGAUAAUAAUUUAAUUCCAAAAGAACAAGGUAUGCAGCCUUCAGAGAAAUACAAUGCUGCAUACAGAACCACAGAGGGCUACACAGCCUUGCAAUUGGACAGUGGGCCAGGAGGCAAUGAGGUCGUAUCUGCAGAUACAGAAUUAAAUCACAAAAGCAUGGAAUAUCCAAAGGGUGGAAACACUAUUUUUGAGGAAUCCAAGUCAGAAAAUAAAACAAACCCUCCUCAUUUUUCUCCUGUUAUCCAAGAGAAACAAAUUAUACAUAAUGUUCCCCAUGGUAGUGACAUAUCAACUUCAACCCAUGGGACUUCAGGUCAUCUUCUGCCAUUAAGCCCAUCUCUUCAGGAUGAACCAUCCACAUUGAGGCCUUCUCUUAACAAGACCUCUCCAUUUGCUUCCUUUGAUCCAAGAAGCCAUUUUACUCUAGAAGCAAAAUCAAGAACCCAAACAGAACAGAUUCUGCCUGCUCCCACAAAAACCUUCAGAACUGAGAUUAACAAUGAAGCGACCAAUGGGUUGAUUUCUUAUUCACAGGACAUCCCACCAUCUUCUAUGCAACCUCAUGAAACUCCAACACCAGCGAUGCAAAUAUAUGGCAAAAAUUCUGAAAAAUCUCAGGUGGGAAAUGGAAGUUUGGUAGAGGCCGGCAAAGGAUCUGCAAAGCCAGCAACUACACAGAAAGGCCCAAUGGCCAGCAGUGCGCCCCCCGGACUUCUGAUGUCUACAACUUGGAAGAUGUCAGAGACAAGACAGAAAGAUUUGGUGCCACAGACCCUUCAACCCCAAAAAGGAGAAACCACUACACCACAUAUUGUAAUGAAUGUUUCAAGAAGAACAGGGCGCCGUGGGGAAAUAAUUGUUACUACUCAACGGGCUGUUCAAAGACCACGCAUGAUGGGGGUUCCAACGAGUUCUCCAUCUAAAAAACCUACAGCGGAAACACCACUAUGCACCAAGGCAGGAGGCGCGUGUGAAUAUCUUGGAUCCAACAAGACUCUUCUAAACUGGGAUGACUUGCAACGCACUCUGAGUUUUGCCUGGGAUAUGCACGUUUAUGGAAGUGGAACCCUCUUUGCUUUAUUAGCUGUCAUUGCCUUGGUCAACCUUAUCGGGUCUCCAAUUGUUUGUGUGCCCUACCUUCCGUAUAUCAUAACUUCGAAUGCACUCUUGUUUGUGAUUGGCAUCCUUAGAAGCGUGUUCUUUCUUUUAGAUCCUUAUGCAACAAAGUCAAAGAUUUCUCAUGGACUUGCCUUGGUUCUUUAUAACAUCACGUUCCCUCUUAUGCUCUCUACAUUUGCCAUCUUAGUCCUGUUGGUUAUGAAGAUUGCUUCUCUUCAGUUGCUCCCUCCAAAGCUGCAAACUCUCCCUUUGCUUGGUUUCAUUGGAGUUAUUCAUUUCAUUGUUCUUCUGAGUGCAGACCUUCUCACCCACUUGCUGAACCCUUCUGUAAACAUUGUCUUGCAGAUACUUUCAAUCUCCUGGGGCAUAUUCCUGAUGGUGGGAAACUUUGUGGCCUAUUAUAGGCUGAGGGGAAGUAGCAAAGAUAUAGCAAAUGAGAACCAGAGAGUAUCACCAACCUGUGAGGACAUUGUGUCUGUGCAAACCCAAGAAAGGAAUAUGAGGUGUCUCUUUACAUCAUCUAGAGUCCUGCUAGUUAGUAGCUUUUUUGGGUUGCUGUGCUGUGGUUUGCAGGUAUACGCUGUACUAUGGCUAUAUGGGUUACUCGGAAAAAAGAAUGAAUUCACUUGGUCCUGGUGGUUUCUGCAGUUCUGGUUCCGGAUCUUUGAACUGGGCUUGUGUUUUUCAUUGCUGUUUGUGGCUUCGCACAGCUUCUGCCAGCAGUGCAGUAGUAGCGACCACACCUGCUGGUCCAAAAUAAUUAGCUAUUUCUGUACCUACAAAAAAGCAGAGGUUGCAGAGUAUCCAAACAACUGCUAUGACUGGACAAAUAGCAUUCAAGAAAGGGUAGUUAAUAACAAUAUCUCUAAGAGCCUUAUCCGCAAUGAGCCGGAGAAUGUCCCUCUUAAAAUGCUAAAGGAAAACAAUGAAAUCAAGUCUGGCUCCGUACUGUGCAACAAUAGCAGCCCUGCUUCUCCUCUUUUCAAGCCUAGACCAGAUGUUAUCUUUGGCCCCAAAUCCCAAAACAUGAUUAUUGGACGAUCAUAUACUAGUAUUUGCUUUGAAAAGGAAUCUAUGCUAUCGCUGACUGAUCUGGAAUUUCGCCCUCCUUCACCCAUAAAUCUGAGCAGAAGCAUAGAUGAGGCGUUAUUCAGGGAGCAUCUGGUCAGGGACAGCAUAUUUUUAGAUUCAAGUCUUCAGUAUCCAAGUUACCUAACCAGGCAAGAAUCGUGUUCUUCCUUAAAGGAAAGCUCUGCUAUGAACCAGACAGUUGACCCUCUGAUCUCAUCAGAUUUGAAAAUGAGAAGAUGCAGCAACCCUGACUAUAUGUACACCCUGGCCAGAAGUAGCUCGAUGACUGAAGUUGAUUCGCCAAGUGAGGAUCUACAGCAAAGUAAAGACCUUCCACGUGACAUAACAACAGAAAAUGUUGUCUCAGGCAGUUCCAUGGAUAGCGUCUCGAAAGGGUCAAUCAAAAUUAGCUGGAACCCAUGGCGCCAUGGGCUGUCCUCGGUGGAGAGUCUUCCACUGGAGGAAGCCCCAAGCACCCAGCUCCUAAAGCAAGGAUCCCAGCCCAGCAUCCGGUCAAAGGGCAGCGAACCUGAGAAGACAUUUGGAAAGAGGUUCAUUGAGAGAAGCCAGACAACUGACUCGAAUAGUCUUGCUAGUGACACCAUUGAACUAUGAAAAGUCCAAACUGUAGCCACGGGAAACAGUGUAGAGUAAUGACAUCUGGCCAAUUUGAAGUUGAGGUUUCUCCCACUGAGUUUAAGUGUAGGCUGUUUUUUGUAGGUUUAUAAGUAAACCAGUUUUAUAAUAACUACAGGUACAGGUUUAGCCCGUCCUUCAUCUCGAUGAACGUAAAGAUGUAUUGAGUAACAAGCACACCUUAUCUGCGUUAGUAGGAGACAACAUGUCUUUUUUUUUUUUACCAGACUCUUUGAUUUUAUAUGUAUAUUUUUACAGACGGACUCCUAUAGCCAGAUGUAGUGCAUUACAGCUGAUGCCUUCCUAUAAAAGGAUAAACUCCAUGGCUAGACACAUUUCUCGGGCAGCACUGUGGAACAUUGCCUCUAAAACAAAUGCACUUACAGGCAGAUCAGUUAUAGACGUCUGCUUUCCCAGACAUUGCAGACUUAAUCUCCUAUACGGCUAAUGUAUCAGAGCCUAUAGGAUUUACUUUAUGACAAUGUGGUACUUUUAUUAAUAAGGUACGUGUUUCGCAAGUAAAGAAGAGCAGAUACGUUGGAUGUGUGCCGGUUGUUUCCUUGGCAACCACUCGAGGCCUAAUGCGUCGUACUGCAAUGCAGACUCCGAAGCCAAAAAGAAACAUGUUUAUCAUUGAACUGUGCUCCUUGACAAUCAGGCAAGGAAAAAAAAAAGCUAUAAAACAGCGAUAAUUCGCUAAAUGCGCUAAAGCACACAGGCAACAUAGGUAUAUGGAAAACAAGAUGCAGUCGGUGUGUUUGUAUGUUUGUAUAUGUGUAUAUAUUGUUUAAAGAGUG